AGAUGACGAAGUCGAGUGCAGACGCGAGUGCCAGUGCGGACGAUACAGACAUUGUGCGAGCAAGUGUAAUGAAACAGAGAACGUGGUGUUUGCGACGUAUUUUAAAUCUUGUUAAAUUUUUACUUAAUUAUCACUCGAAACGUUCUACUCUCUCUCUCUUUGGACUGUGUGAAAACGGUGACUUGUGUACUACGAGUUUACUUAGAUAUCAUUAUAUUUUUUUUAUCUGUAUUUUUACAUUUUUUUUUCACGCCAUUCUUUCGCGUGUCGUUCGGUCUUACAUCUCGGCCGAUUCUGAUUCGAUUAUCAUGUUAUUGCGUGUGUUCGAUAAUAUCUUGUGUUCUUUUAUGUGAAUGAUAAUAACGAUAGCGAUACAAGCUGAGAAAGUAAUAGUAACGGUGACGGUAACGGUGGCGGUAUGAUCACUGACGUUUCGUUUUGGAUCGACUACGUCGCGUGUGUAUACCACCAGUUGCCUGUUGCAUAACUACGAUUUUACGAUAGGCAUCUUCUUCUUGUCUCGUUCGACAUUCCACUGGACAACGAAUUCAUCAAUUAGCAAAGUCGGAUGUGUUUCGUUUUGUGAUUAGCUAUUAUAACGAAAAAAGUAGAGAAAAAUUGGAAGGAACAGGAAGAAAGAGGUGAAAGCAAAACUAAGAGGUGAGAUAUUCUUGGAAAAUGGCGGCGGGAACGUGUCAAUUGGCCUGAAGAAAAAUUCAAAGAAAACGUAAAAUACAGAAUGGUGCUGGUAGUAAACGGAGUCCUGCAAGAGGACAUACCAGUGGAUAGCAGAUCGUUAUAUGCAGCUCACCCGGUAUAUCGUGAAACUGCUGCGCAACUUCAUUCGAUGCCAGCAAAAUUGGUGGGCCCAAUGGGUCUUCUUUAUGUACGUCAGCGGGAAAUGGCUGCUACUUUGCCACACGACAAAAAUGUGAGCAUUAUUGGUUCGGAUGAUAUGACCACUUGUAUCAUUGUUGUUGUAAGGCAUUCCGGAUCGGGUGCCGCUGCAUUGGCGCAUCUCGACGGAGCUGGUACAGAAGAUGCAGCGGCAGCGAUGAUUCAAAGGGUAACGGAACUUGCCAUUGGAUUUCCAGAGGGUCGUCUAGAACUACAACUGGUCGGUGGCUAUUCCGAUCCCAGGAAUUAUUCCGAAGAAUUGUUCUCCAAUAUUCUUUCUGCAUUUCACAAACAACCGGUAGAGAUUGAUCUAACCUUGUGUUGCGUGGGCGAAUUGAACACUACGGUAAGAGGUGGAACUCAUUGGCCGGUAAUAUACGGUAUCGGUUUGAAUGUAAAAACGGGUGAGAUUUUUCCUGCUACCUUCCCCGAUAAAGGUCCUGAUCAAGCCCUAAGAUGUGCUAGGCAUUUAACCGGAGGUCAACAGGUUCUAGAUGUUUAUGACUGUACCCUUGGUUUACUCAGAAUCGGACCUUUCAACUACGAUCCUUUGAGAGGAGUCGAUCUUUGGUUAGCUCAAUCCGAUCAAUUUAUUCUGCAACAUCUUUCAACCGCACCGGAAGUGGAACUUCCACAUUUUGUAUCACAGGUACGAGCAACGCUCAAAUAUAUACAGGAUAAUCAAUUUCCGGCAGUCACCGUCUUCCGUGACAAUAGACCUCAUUAUUAUCGUCGAGAUGAAACCACCGGUAUUUGGCAACCCAUACGAUAUUGAUAAUGACUGCCGUUAUACUCUUUAAAAAGGCUUGUAUUAAAGUUGACGGAAUUUUCCUAAUUCUUCUCUAAAAUUCAUAAAAUAAAAUAAAACAAAAUAAAAUAAAAUA